AUGGACGACCCGGGCUGGUCAUGGCCCGCCUGGAAGUUUGGCUUGAAGAGGGCUGAUCUCUUUUCCUCACUGCACGAGCAGUACAACACCUUCACCUUUUCCAUCCAAGACCCGCAAGCCUUUCACGCCGACGUGAACGAGAUCUCCCACGAUGCCGACACGCUGGAGGAGUUCCACCGCUUGCUGGCCGAGCGACGGCAGCAACGCCUUCAGGAGCUCCACGACACUCUUGAAGCGCUCGCUUUAGAGAUCAUCGCCAACCCGAAGUUGAUGGAUUCGAACCACUGGGAAUACGCUAUGCAGCUCUUUCGUACCAAAUCUUUUGAUUCUCUGGUCCGGUAUUUUGCUAGCUACCUCCCUGAUACCCAUGCCGACUCUGCAGACUCGCAGAGCGAACCCCCAUCCCCCAUCUUUUCUGACGCCAUCAGCGUCCACACCAUGAGCACCAAGGCCGGCAGCGUCGACGGUGUCUCUGUCACCCAAUUCGAAGACUCCACAACUUCCAAAAACAGCUUUUCUGAUGGUAGCCUCGAUGCUCCAUUGUCCCCUCCUGCAUCCGAGACAGGCGAGAAUCCUGCCUCCGUCGAAGUUUCACGAGAUUUCCUCCCAUCAGAUCCCCCAUCACCCUCUAUGUCCUUCUCUGGGUCAGAAUCUGGUGCAUUCUGUCCUGGCUUUAGCCGCUCGCUUAUUCACCACGACGACGACACCUCAUCGCAAUCUGACUGCGACACGGCCGUCACGUCUGUGUCUGAUAGCGCGGAGAGCCGGGCUUCAUUUGAUUCUGUAAAUGAUAAGAAUCCCCACUUUACCCAGUUCAAUGAGGACUAUGAUGAUGAGGAUGAUGAUGAUGAUCUUCUUACCGCUCAAUUUCCUGAAGAUUCCUUCGAUAUCUAUGGCGGCUUCGACGACGACAUGAGCGAAACACACGAUGAAGAUACAGCAACCCCUCGCCCUGAAACAGCUGCAGCACUCCCGUCGGACUACAAGUCCGUACUCUCACGAAGAAUAACAUCGACCCGCCGUCGAUCGCCGUCACCCCGAUCGCACACAACGCCAGGUAGCCCUACCUGGGACAUCCGCAGAAGCCCUGAUGAGGUACACAGCAGGAUCCAGAAACCCACUGCCGAUCCUGUACGGAAGAGACCGAAGGGAAGGAUAUGA